AUGAGACCAAGCAUAGCAUUUGACAAAACCAAACUUCUGGAUGCCAGCUGGGGCAGUGAAGAAGACUUCUGGCAAAAAGUGCUUUCAGAGGAGAGAGAGAUGUUGCAGGUCCUCCAUAAAACAAACCAACCGGACCCAAAAAAUCGCAGCACUGAAAAAAUCCCUGUAAGAGACCAGGAAGUACUGAGCCUCACUGACAAUAUGAAUUAUAUUGGUACAAUAAACACUAGAAGUUCCUUGAUCCAGGAGGCAAAUCCCACAACAGGGUUCAUUGAAAAGGAUCAAAACUCAGAAUUUUGGGGGCCACAGAGAAGCUAUGCUUCCAGAGGUACUACAAGGACUAAACCAUGGACUUUUUCAGACCCAAGAGACAAAAUGCCAACUGAGAUGGCUUUGACAAAAAUACCCAAAAGGCCAACUCAACCAGAAGAAAUGAUUGUUCCAAAGGGUCAAAGAACAGCUGGGGCCAGCAUCCCUGGUCUCUCUCAGCCUGCAACAUGCAAGCCUAAGACUCGUGUUGUUUUCCUAAAAGUGCACAAGAGUGCCAGCAGUACUGUCAUGAACAUCUUGUUCCGUUUUGGAGAGACUCACAACCUUACCUUUGCCUUGCCUGUCAAUGGAGCCAGUCAGUUGUAUUAUCCAUUAUAUUUCACAGCUGCAGCAGUGGAGGGAUAUGUUCCAGGCAAGGAUUCCCAGUUUGACAUUAUGUGUCACCACAUGAGAUUCUUUGAGCCAGAGGUUGCUAAAGUAAUGGGAAAUACUACCUUUUACUUUGCCAUCCUCCGGAAUCCUGUUUAUCUCAUGGAAUCUUCAUUCAAUUAUUAUAAAGGAACAUCUUCAUUUUCCAAAGCCAAAACCUUAGAAGAAUUUCUCAACCAGACUUCUCUGUUUUAUAAUGCCUCAGCCAAUGAUAGCCACUAUGCCAAAAACUUAAUGACCUUUGAUUUUGGAUACAACAACAAUGGAAACUUUUUCACCAAACGUGUGCAACUCAUGGUGAGAGCCAUUGAGGCAGAAUUUGACCUUCUCCUGAUCUCAGAGUAUUUUGAUGAGUCCAUGGUGCUGCUGAAGAAGCUCUUGUGUUGGGACCUGGAUGAUGUGGUCUCCUUCCCUCUCAACAGUAGGCAUAACAGCUCCAAAAACCAUCUCUCAGAAAGCACCAGAGAGCAGAUCAAGAAUUGGAACAAGCUAGACUGGGAACUUUAUGUGCAUUUCAACAGGACCUUUUGGGAAAAGAUAGAUUUGCACAUUGGCCAGGAGUUCAUGCAACAAGAAGUGAGGUUGCUUCAACAGAGGCGCAAGGAGCUGGCUGAGAUUUGCCUUCAAGAAGGUGGCAGCAUACCACCCAAGCUGAUCAAGGAUCGGGCAUUGGCACCAUUCCAAUAUGGAAAAGCAAAAAUCCUAGGCUAUAACUUGAAGGAUGGACUAGAUAAUACAACAAGGCAGAUGUGCCAGAGCUUGGUGACACCUGAGCUUCAAUAUAGUAAACUCCUAUACAGGAAACAGUUUCCCAAAAAAGCUUUGAAGCUCAGCAAUUCAGCUCGCUUGGCAAAUCUACACUACCGCAGGACAGUUUGAAAACAAACCAAUGAGGCACAUAUUUGUUAGGCUCUGAUACACAUUUUGGCACCAUCAGGACUAGCUAGGCUGCUGGCCUGAAGAAGAAUGGAAAGGGCAGCUACAGAAUAUGCUAAUAUCAAAUGCACAUCUUUCAUUAAUUUAUUACUAGCACUUUAAAAUAUAUCAACCUGCUUAAGUGCCUUUCAUCUUGC